CUUGUGUAAAUAUAAACGAUGGCUGAUGCCGAGGGUAUCCAAACCCUCGUUGUUGAUAAUGGAGGCGGAACAAUUAAGUCCGGAUUUGCUGGUGAUGAUGCUCCUAAGGCAGUGUUCCCCAAUACUGUUGGCCGACCUCGACGUGCUCGUGUCGAGGUUGGAAUGGGUCAACAGGAUCCCUUUGUGGGAGAUGAAGCCCAAUCAAAGAGAGGUAUUCUUACCCUAAAGUAUCCAAUUGAAUAUGGUAUUGUGAGCGAUUGGGAUGACAUGGAAAAGAUAUGGUAUCACACCUUCUACAAUGAGCUCCGUGUUGCGCCUGAAGACCACCCUGUUCUUCUCACUGAAUCACCUUUCAACCCGAUGGGUAACAGGGAGAAAAUGACUCGAAUCAUGUUUGAGACUUUCAACAGCCCUGCUAUGUACGUAGCCAUCCAAGCUGUUCUCGCUUUAUACGCCAGUGGACGUACAACCGGUAUCGUGUUCGAUUCUGGUGUGAAUAUGAGUUACGCAGUGCCUAUCUAUGAGGGUUAUGCUCUCCCCCAUGCAACCCUUCGCUUGUUUCUUGCUGGCAGUGAUCUCACAUAUUAUUUAACGAAGAUCCUUACGGAGAGAGGGUACUCAUUCACCACCACUGCGGAACGGGAAAUUGUCCGUGACAUAAAAGAGAAGUUUGCAUACAUUGCUCUUGAUUAUGAGGAAGAGAUAGAGACUGCGAAACAAGGUUCUUCUAUUGAGAAGGCUUAUGAGUUGCCCGAUGGGCAGGUUAUUACUGUUGGUUCUGGGAGAUUCAAGUGUCCGGAGUUGCUAUUCCAACCAUCUUUGAUGCAGAUGGAAAUUCCUGGGAUCCAUGAGAUUACCUACUGGUCCAUAAUGAAGUGUGAUGUCGAUAUCAGAAAGGAUUUAUAUGCAAACAUUGUCCUCAGUGGUGGGACUACUAUGUUCCCUGGGAUGGCAGACCGUAUGAGCAAGGAGAUUACUGCCCUUGCUCCCAGCAGCAUGCAAAUCAAAGUGAUUGCACCACCAGAGAGAAAAUACAGUGUCUGGAUUGGUGGGUCCAUCUUGGCAUCUCUCAACACCUUCCAGCAGAUGUGGAUCUCCAAGAGUGAGUACGAUGAAUAUGGUGCAUCCAUUGUCCGCCGGAAGUGCUUCUAAUCUAAAUUGGUUGGUAAGGAAACUACAGGUUGCUAUGUCUCUGUUGGGUUUCUGAAGUCGUCUUGUGUCAUCUGGUUAAAUGCUUUUAACUUCUAAGUAUAGUUUUUGUAAAAGACCAGUUUGUAUAGUGUUAGUAUCUCCAUGUUCACGAGCUAAUUAAAUCGAUCACAUCAAUGCUCUCUUCCUUGGAACAUUGAGUA